CCUGGGUGCUGAGCAGCGAUCAAAGCACUUCAGAAGCCGAACGGCCUUUAGUUCUGUUGCUUUUUUCUGCAUCACCCAGCAUCCCCUCCAAAAAGGUUUUUUCUUUUGUCGUUGAUGUUGUGACCAGUAUAGUCUGUAAUCACAGAUUCUUCGGUGGGCUCUGCAGGAUACACAUGGGAUUCGUCACCCUUUGAACCAAAGCAGAGUCGAUGGUAUUUUCCUCCUGAGGAUUACAGCGUCCGCCCCUCCCCACCUUCCCUUCACCCCCCUAUUUACAAUGGAUGCCCUCUGCUGUUGGCUCCAAGUGCAUUUGCUGAUCGGUGCUCUGCUCGCCCUCUGUUCGGGCCUGGAGUUUUCGGGGGCCCCCGGGCAGUGGGCCCGCUUCCGCCGCUGGGACGCCAGCACCCGGAGCGACCUGAGCUUCCAGGUCAAGACGGAGGUGUCCAGCGCGCUGCUGCUCUACAUGGACGACGGCGGCUACUGCGACUUCCUGCAGCUGGCGGUGCACGAGGGCAAGCUGCAGCUGCGCUUCAGCGUGGACUGCGCAGAGGCCACCGUCGUCUCCGACCGCCGCGUCAACGACAGCAACUGGCACUCGGUGGCGGUCAGCCGCGCCAACCUGCGGACCGCCCUGCGGCUGGACAGCGAGGUGAAGGCCGACGAGGUGCGGCCGCAGCGGCAGUACAUGAAGGUGGUCAGCGACCUCUUCCUGGGCGGCGUGCCGCAGGACAUCCGCCCCGCGGCGCUGACGCUGCCCCUGGUGAAGGAGCAGCCGCUGUUCAGGGGCGUCAUCACGGACCUGAAGUACGGGAACGGGGAGCCCCGGCUGCUGGGCAGCCAGAAGGUGCGCCUGGACAUGGAGGGCCUGUGCGCCGAAAACCCCUGCGAGAACGGCGGGAUCUGCUCGGUGGCGGACGGGGAGUAUGUCUGCGACUGCUCCAAAACGGGCUACCUGGGGCGCUUCUGCAACCAAGAAGCCAAGAGCGCUCCAGGUUUCUCGCAUUUGAUGAUGGCCGAGCAAGCUAAAGCCAAAGUGAGGGAGGAGAACGUGGCCACGUUCCGGGGCUCGGAGUACUUCUGCUACGACCUGUCGCAGAACCCGAUCCAGAGCAGCAGCGACGAGAUCACGCUCUCCUUCAAGACCUGGCAGCGCAACGGGCUCAUCCUGCACACGGGCAAGUCGGCCGACUACGUCAACCUGGCGCUGAAGGACGGCGCCGUCUCGCUCGUCAUCAACCUGGGCUCGGGCGCCUUCGAGGCCAUCGUGGAGCCCGUCAACGGCAAGUUCAACGACAAUGCCUGGCACGACGUCAAGGUCACGCGCAACUUGCGGCAGGUGACGAUAUCGGUGGACGGCAUUCUGACAACCACGGGCUACACGCAGGAGGACUACACCAUGCUGGGCUCCGACGACUUCUUCUACGUGGGAGGGAGUCCGAGCACGGCGGACUUGCCGGGCUCCCCUGUCAGCAACAACUUCAUGGGCUGUUUGAAGGAGGUGGUAUACAAAAACAAUGACAUUCGGCUGGAGCUGUCCCGGCUGGCCCGGAUCGUCGACCCCAAGAUGAAGAUCCAGGGCGACGUGGUGUUCAAGUGCGAGAACGUGGCCACCCUGGACCCCAUCUCCUUCGAGACGCCUGAGGCCUACAUCAGCCUGCCCAAGUGGAACACCAAGCGCAUGGGCUCCAUCUCCUUCGACUUCCGCACCUCCGAGCCCAACGGCCUCAUCCUCUUCACCCACGGCAAGCCCCAGGACGUCAAGGGGCCCCGCAGCCAGAGGAACACCAAGGUGGACUUCUUCGCUGUGGAGCUGCUGGACGGCAGCCUCUACCUGCUGCUGGACAUGGGCUCUGGCACCAUCAAGGUGAAGGCCACGCAGACCAAGGUGAACGACGGGGCCUGGUAUCACGUGGACGUGCAACGAGACGGGAGGUCAGGCACUAUCUCGGUGAACAGCCGCCGCACCCCGUUCACGGCCAGCGGGGAGAGUGAGAUCCUGGACCUGGAGGGGGACAUGUACCUGGGCGGGCUGCCGGAAAACCGGGCGGGCCUCAUCCUGCCCACGGAGCUGUGGACCGCCAUGCUCAACUACGGCUACGUGGGCUGCAUCCGGGACCUGUUCAUCGACGGCCGCAGCAAGGACAUCCGGCAGAUCGCCGAGUCCCAGAACGGGGCGGGGAUCAAGCCCUCCUGCAACAAGAUCAGCGGGAAGCAGUGCGAGAGCUACCCCUGCAAGAACAACGGCGUCUGCAAGGAGGGAUGGAACCGCUUCAUCUGCGACUGCACAGGGACUGGCUUCUGGUCCAGGACGUGUGAAAGAGAGGCCUCCAUCCUGAGCUAUGACGGCAGCAUGUACAUGAAGGUGGUGAUGCCCACGGUCAUGCACACGGAGGCCGAGGACGUGUCGCUGCGCUUCAUGUCCCAGCGGGCGUACGGCCUGCUCAUGGCCGCCACGUCCCGCGAGUCCGCCGACACGCUGCGGCUCGAGCUGGACGGCGGCCGCGUCAGACUGACCGUCAACUUAGACUGUGUCAGGAUAAACUGUAACUCCAGCAAAGGACCGGAGACUCUUUACGCCGGGAGCAAGCUCAACGAUAACGAGUGGCACUCAGUCCGUGUGGUGCGGCGUGGUAAAUACUACAAGCUCACAGUCGACGAUGACGUAGCUGAAGGUCAGAUGGCGGGCGACCACACGCGGCUGGAGUUCCACAACAUCGAGACGGGCAUCAUGACGGAGCGCCGCUUCGUCUCGCUCAUCCCGUCCAGCUUCAUCGGCCACCUGCAGGGCUUCCGCUUCAACGGCAUGCUCUACAUCGACCUGUGCAAGAACGGCGACAUCGACUACUGCGAGCUGAACGCGCGCUUCGGCAUGCGCUCCAUCGUGGCCGACCCCGUCACCUUCCGCACCAAGAGCAGCUACCUGAGCCUGGCCACGCUGCAGGCCUACACCUCCAUGCACCUCUUCUUCCAGUUCAAGACCACCUCGCCCGACGGCUUCAUCCUCUACAACAGCGGCGACGGCAGCGACUUCGUCGCCGUGGAGCUGGUCAAAGGGUACAUCCACUAUGUGUUUGACCUUGGCAACGGCCCCAGCCUGCUGAAGGGCAACAGCGACCGCCCCCUCAAUGACAACCAGUGGCACAACGUGGUCAUCACCAGGGACAACAGCAACACGCACACGCUGAAGGUGGACACCAAGUCCGUCAGUCAGGUGGUCAACGGGGCCAAAAACCUCGACCUGAAAGGUGAAUUGUUCGUGGCUGGGCUGGGCCCUGGCAUGUACAGCAGCCUGCCCAAGCUAGUGGUGUCCCGGGACGGCUUCCAGGGCUGCCUGGCGUCAGUGGACCUGAACGGUCGCCUGCCGGACCUGAUCAACGACGCGCUGUUCCGCAGCGGUCAGAUCGACCGCGGCUGCGAAGGCCCCAGCACCACCUGCCAGGAGGACUCCUGUGCUAACAUGGGCGUCUGCAUCCAGCAGUGGGAGAAUUUCACGUGUGACUGCUCCAUGACCUCCUACGUGGGGACGCAGUGCAAUGACCCGGGAACCACCUACAUCUUCGGCAAGGGCGGAGGCCUCAUCACCUACACCUGGCCCAACAACGAGAGGCCGAGCACUCGAACCGACCGCCUGGCCGUGGGCUUCAGCUCCACCAUCAAGGACGGGAUCCUGGUCCGGAUCGACAGCGCGCCGGGGCUGGGGGACUACAUCAUGCUCCACGUCGAGCAAGGCAAGAUCGCCGUCACCUUUAACAUCGGGACAGUGGACAUCAGCGUCCGCGAGACCUCCACCCCCGUGAACGACGGCAAGUACCACGUGGUCCGCUUCACGAGGAACGGCGGCAAUGCCACGCUGCAGGUGGACAACUGGCCAAUCAACGAGCACUACCCCACAGGCAGCAGUGACAUUGAACGCUAUCAAAUGGCUAAUAAGAAAAUCCCAUUCAAAUAUACCCGACCGGUAGAAGAAUGGCUACAAGAGAAAGGCCGUCAGCUGACCAUCUUCAACACCCAGGCCACCAUCACAAUAGGCGGCAAUGACCGCAGGCGACCGUACCAGGGCCAGCUCUCGGGCCUGUACUACAACGGCCUCAAGGUCCUCAAAAUGGCAGCGGAGGGGAACGCCAACGUGCGCAUUAACGGGAGCGUGCGCCUGGUGGGGGACGUGCCCUCCCCCCCGGGGGCCGCCACCACCACCUCCCUCCCGCCCGAGAUGUCCACCACCUUCAUCGAGACGACCACCACCCUCUCCACCACCACCACCCGCAGGCAGCGGUCCCCGCCCACUAUCCAGACGACCGAUGACAUUGUUUCCUCGGCGGAAUGUUCCAGCGACGACGAGGACCUCGAAGAGUGUGACUCAGGACAUGCAGGAGGUGAACUAGUCAUCCCUGUACUUGUGGAAGACCCCGUAGAGAUCCCUCCUAUAGCAACCCGUGCCCCCUACAUCCCCCUCCCCCCCACCCUCCGCCCCCUCCUCACUGUUAUCGACACCACCAAAGAGCCCUCGCUCCUGGCCACUGAAGCGGGGUUUCCGUGCUUGUCGGACCAAGGCAGUGAUGCUUGUGAUGAUGGUGAUGAUGGUGAUGGUGAUGAUGAUGAUGAUGGCUUGGUGAUAUCUGGGUUUGGCUCUGGGGAAGCGUUCGACUCUAGCCUGCCCCCCACUGAUGACGAAGAUUUUUACACCACCUUCUCCCUGGUAACAGAUAAAACGUUGUCCACGUCGGCCUUUGAGGGAGGCUACAAAGCACAAGCGCCAAAGUGGGAAUCCAAGGACUUUAGGCCAAACAAAGCCUCCGUCACACCUCCGCCCCCCGAGCCGAGAGGCUCCACCUCCUCGCCCUCCACACCCGAAACGCCACCCAAGCUGCCCGCUGGGAAAAUGAAUAACCGCGAGCUGAAACCCCAGCCAGACGUAGUGUUGCUCCCGCUGCCCACCUCCUUUGAGAUGGACAGCACCAAGCCAAAGGGCACGCUAAUAACGUCCCCCAUGUUCCGUAAUGUGCCCACAGCUAACCCCACCGAGUCGGGCGUCAGGCGGGUGCCGGGGGCCUCCGAGGUGGUCCGCGAGUCCAGCAGCACCACCGGGAUGGUCGUGGGGAUAGUCUCUGCCGCCGCCCUCUGCAUCCUAAUCCUGCUGUACGCCAUGUACAAGUACAGGAACCGGGACGAGGGGUCGUACCAGGUGGACGAGACCCGCAAUUACAUAAGCAACUCGGCGCAGACCAACGGCGCCGUGGUGAAGGACAAACCACAGAGCGCAAAGGGCGGCAACAAGAGACCGAAAGACAAGGACAAGGAAUAUUACGUGUAAAAAAAAUACAAAAUAGUAAAAAAAAAA